CAGUAGGGAAGCGGGUCAUAUGGCAAGGGUACAUGGAAAGAACAAAGGCAUUUUGGGAAGGGGUGGGGCUGGACACUCUGGUCACCCAUUUGGGUGACUGAGGUCUAUCUGGACUUCCUGGACCAGGUGGUAGCAAUUAUAGUAUAAUUCCAUUGUAUUGUUUAUCCCUUAGGGAGGCUUGUAGGCCUGGCCAUUCCAUCUUUAUCUUGAGGCCUGGCUUUAGACAGAUGCGCCUCCAUCCAGAAUUCUGAUGUCUUUAUUUUUCUGCUGACUUCCUUGAGAGCCCAGUCCCUCUCUGACUGUACAUUAAUUUCUAUCUAACUUUGCUGUCUACAAUAUCAUGACUAAAUCUGCCUCCAUAAAAGCCUAAAUGUUCACAUGCAAUUUUCCUUACUCAAAUUAUUUUUGAGAUCCUCUGAGUCCUAGGCAUGGUGGUGCAUGCAUAUAAUCCUAGCACCCAGGAGGUUAAGGCAGGAGGAUUAUGAGGUCAAGACCAGCCUGAAGUACAUAACAUGACCCUGCUUCAAAAUAAAAAAUAGGCAAAGAUCUUCUGGAUUCAAACUGUAUAAUGAAAGCAUUAACAAGGAGAAAAUUCUAGAAGACAUUAGGAAAUUGGUGUCAUUUGAAUGGUUUUUUUUGUUUUUGUUUUUGUUUUUCGUACCAGGGAUUGAACUCAGGUCCUUGCACUUUCAAGGCAGGAGCUGGAACCACUGAGCUAAAUCCCUGACCCCUGAAUGGUUUUCUUAAGGUUCCUUCCUGAUAUAAAAAUUAUGUGCCCCUAAGAAUUCUCCUGUUUGUCUCCACUCUUCAUUUUUACCAUUUCAGAUAAAAGCAGGAGCCACAAAAGAAUAUCAGGCUUUCAGUAUCUCAAGGCCACCAUCAAAAUAAGACCCUUGAUUUUAAACAAGCAGGUGACAGUAUCUUAGACUGGCUGCCUCCUGUGGCUGCAGGGGGACACUUUGCCCAUGGCUGUACCUGGCCCUGUCUUCUCUGUGCCUUGCCUUCUGUUUCCUGUAGGGAUGCUUAUCACUGGAUUAGGCCCACUCGGGUAAUCUUACCUGAAAUAUGUUAGCAAAGACCCUUUUUCCAAGUAGAUCACACAGGGUUCAGGCUUCUACCCACUGUACCAUCUCAGAGCACAUCUGUGCACCCAAAGCAGAGGACCUGAAAGGGUCUCACUUGCUCUGGGGCUCCACACAAGUAGAGACCAGCCAGAUGUGGAGCUGGUCUGUGAGUUGCACCCUGCCUCUCACAUGCUCAUCCAGACGAGGAUGACAGAACCUAGACACUCAACAUGGUAAUAGUCACACCAUCUAGCACCCAUCAGACCAUCAGAAAUGAGCAGACAGGAAAACAUGCCUGUGACCAGAAAUGUGAGGCAAGAUGGGCCCUGAAAUGAAUCCUCAGCGUGGCCUCACCAGGUCUUGCCUACAGCUGCUGGACCUUCCUAGCUCUGCUGAUCUAAUUCCUUGCCUGAUGAAUGGCCCAGCGUCCCCAACAUGCCACAGAGCCCAAGAGCUGUGUGCAUGCGGUCAAGGAAGAGAACACUCCCAUGAACGUGAAUAACCCCAUACCUUCAAAUCUGAAGUCAGAAGCAAAGAAGGCUGCUAAAAUAUUAAGAGAAUUCACAGAAAUAACCUCAAGAAAUGGACCUGACAAGAUCAUUCCCGGUAGCCCAUGUUAUUGCGAAGGCAAAAGGUCUGGCUAUCUUGUCUGUGAUCAAAGCCGGCUUCCUGGUGACGGCCCGGGGAGGCAGUGGCAUUGUCCUGGCACGCCUUCCGGAUGGAAAAUGGUCUGCACCUUCAGCCAUCGGGAUAGCUGGUCUCGGUGGGGGAUUUGAGGUAGGGAUCGAGGUCUCAGAUCUGGUGAUCAUUCUGAACUAUGACAGAGCUGUGGAGGCCUUCGCCAAGGGCGGGAACCUGACCCUCGGGGGGAACUUCACUGUGGCGGUAGGGCCCAUGGGAAGGAAUCUGGAAGGCAAUGUGGCCCUCAGGAGCCCAGCAGCCGUCUUCACCUACUGCAGAUCUAGGGGCCUCUUUGCCGGCAUCUCACUGGAAGGGAGCUGCCUGAUCGAAAGGAAGGAGACCAACCGGAAAUUUUAUGGUCAGGACAUCCGCGCCUACGACAUUUUGUUUGGAGAUGUGCCACGUCCAGCUCAGGCAGAAGAUCUCUAUGAAAUUCUCGAUUCCUUCACUGAAAAGUAUGAGCAUGAGGGGCAGCGCAUCAACAUGAGGAGAGCAGCCCGGGAGCAGCAGAAGGCUAAAGAAUUACCUCCAAAGCCAGCAUUGAGACUACAGCAACCAUCAGCACCACUCCAGCUGGACUCCAGCUCUCAAGGUAAUAGACAUGAACAUAAGCUGUAUCCUGAGCUCUCUGGCUAUCACGAGAGAGCUGGUGACUCUGGUCGACCAGUAGAGGUGACAGCGCUGUAUUCUUUUGAAGGACAGCAGCCAGGCGACCUGAUGUUUCAAGCUGGAGACAAAAUCACAGUUAUAUCAAAAACGGAUUCACACUUCGAUUGGUGGGAAGGAAAACUUCGAGGCCAAACUGGCAUUUUUCCAGCCAACUAUGUAACCAUGAAUUAAAGUUUAUUAUUUUCUUCUUGGAGAAUUAUAAAAAAAAAAUCAUUCCUUUGUUCACAGGAUAUACCACCCAGUUAAGCACUGUUUAAUACCAAUUUAAAGAUACUUCUGCUGCAAAAUUUUAAUCCAGUAUGUAGAGUAUUUUUCUCUAUAUGUAAAUAAAUGAUUAACUUACA